UAUUUUUUAAACUGACAAAAAAGAUGAGAUCGUGUCAACAAUUCUACCGUGCUUUGUUUAUCCUAUCCUUGAUGAAAGGUUCUUCUGGAUCAUCAGAACAUCACGUUGACUGGACUACUGCUUCUAAGGAUUGCAAUGUAAAAUAUGAAUCACAGCUGAUACCCCAAAGCUACAUUGAGGACCAUAAUCUUUAUAGCGAUGUCAUCAAAGGAAUUGGGGUGAACGUUUCAGCGUGGAUUGAUGGAAAAAUUCAAGAAAUUGGAUGCGAUCAGGUAAAAUGUCUUCGGAUAAAAAGGUUAAAUGAACAUGGAGACAGGAAACUGCCAUUCAUUUGUGUGACUUCUGCAGACAUUGAGGUUAAUUUAACGGAAGUGUCAUACAAGGAGUCCACAGAAUUGUGCGGUUCUGCCAAAUUCAGAAUAGAAGGUCCUCUACGAAAGUACGCAUUGCUCUCAAUAAUAAAUAAAUUUCUUCUGUCACCCAAACCGUUCACGACAUUUUGGUUUCCAAACGCUGAACUGAGCGACAAUGAAGAUACUUUCUGCACCUUUGUUGUUUCCAGAGACGAUGAAACAGUGGAAACAAAGUUCGAUAACUGCAGCACCCCAAGAAUGGGAGUGUGUAUCAACACAACAUAUAUAACGGACUACCAAACGUCAAUGAUGUUGGAAACGACUGCGAAGCAAUUACAACCUGUCAAAGGGGGCGGGGUUAUCUGGACUAUUAAAGAUGACGCGAUGCAUGAAACAGGAGAUAGGAUUAUAACCCAAGAUAAGGAAAAACUACAGGCCAUACGGACUCUAGCUGACAAGGAUGCAGGAAUUCUUGAGGUUUCCGUCUCAUUGGCACUCAGUGCUUCAAGUUUGUUUCUGGUUGUGUUGUUUAUGUGCAUCAGUACACUACUGUGGAAAAGGUUAUCGUCAAAGCUGGACAUUAUCUUGAAAGGAAGUCAAUUCAGUGGUCCGGAAAUAGAAACAGUAAGCGGACCAAGAAAGAAGAAAAUAAAGAAAAAAGUGUAUAUGUAUGAGGUUCUUCCUCAAAUUAUGCAUGGUCAUUCUACCCGGGUCAAGGCCGUGCCCAAGGAGCAGGAAAAUCCAUACAGCGAGAUUACAAGCAGACGAGAAUCUGGUUACCAUAGCAACCCUGGAACGUCAGGACAAACAGAAGAAACAAUUUAGGCAAAGGCGGAUCCAGGGCCGGCGCGUCGGGCGCAACAACCCCCCCCCCCCCCCCGUUUGAAUUUUUUGAAUGUAGAACUUAUAUGUCCAUUAUCCUAAAAUCAAGGAAAAACAUCUCUUAUUUGUGAGAAUUCGUCAACCCCCGGACCCCCACCAGGACUUUGCCCUAGGCCCACUGGGGGCUUCAAUGCAGCCCCCCAGACCCCCCUGCCUUCUACUGCGCCCUCCCCUCCCCCCCCCCCCCUGUUAUGA